AUGGGCCUGCAGCUCUACCUGGACUUGCUGUCCCAGCCUUGCCGCGCCGUCUACAUCUUCGCCAAGAAGAACGGCAUCCCCUUCGAGCUGCGCACCGUGGACCUGCUCAAAGGCCAGCACUACAGUGAUGACUUUGCCCAGGUGAACCCCCUGAGGAAGGUGCCAGCCUUGAAGGAUGGGGACUUCACCUUGGCUGAGAGUGUGGCCAUCCUGCUGUAUCUGACCUGCAAGUAUGAGGCCCCCGACCACUGGUACCCCCAGGACCUGCAGGCCCGAGCCCGUGUGGAUGAGUACCUGGCGUGGCAGCACACAGCCCUGCGAACAAGCUGCACCCGGACCAUGUGGCAGAAGAUGUUGUUCCCUGUGUUCCUGGGCCAACGGGUGCCCUCUGAGACACUGGCAUCUACUCUGGCUGAGCUGGACAGAUGCCUGCAGCUGCUUGAGGACAAGUUCCUGAAGGACCAGGACUUCCUGUCUGGGCCUCACAUCUCAGUGGCAGACUUGGUGGCCAUCACAGAGCUGAUGCAUCCUGUCAGCGCCGGCUGUGACAUCUUCAAAAACCGGCCUAAGCUGGCUGCGUGGCGCAAGCGCGUGGAAGCUGCGGUGGGGGAGGACCUCUUCCAGGAGGCCCAUGCGGUCAUCAUGAAGGCUAAGGACCUUCCUCCAGCCGACACUGCCCUGAAGGAGAGGCUGAAGCCCUUGGCGCAGCUUUUGUUGCAUUGA